CCAGUCGUCUCCCAGCGCUUUGCCGGUUAGUUUCCUCGCCGUGCCGGCUUCCGCCGUUCCGCGGCGAUCGCCGCCGCCGCGUAGGGAGGCCAUGGGCGCCGCCGUCGCACGGUGGACCGUGGCGGCGGUGCUUCUUCAGGUCGCCGGCCUCUCACUGUUCCUCUACGGGUUCUUCCCAGUGAAGCCCACGCUGCGCGGCUUCAGUGGAACGGAGAGCUACCGAAUGCCGUCGUGCGGUCUCGUCAGUGCUGGGGAGCAGGAGCCGGCGCUUCCUCCCGAUCAGCUCAGAUCUCUGUACGGGGAACUCUUUGGGAUGCCUCCUGUAUACGAUCGCUUAGUAUUGAUGGUAAUAGAUGGGCUACCUGCUGAAUUUGUACUUGGGAGAGGCGGAAAACCUCCAAGCAAAGAAAUGAUGGAGUCUAUGCCAUACACUCAGUCUUUGUUAGCUGGUUGCAAAGCAGUAGGUUACCAUGCUAAAGCUGCACCUCCCACCGUCACAAUGCCACGGCUAAAAGCUAUGGUAUCUGGGGCAAUUGGAGGUUUUCUAGAUGUUGCAUUCAAUUUCAAUACUCAAGCCUUCUUAGAGGACAACCUUCUUGAUCAGCUUCAUAGGAUUGGUCGUAAAUUAGUGAUGCUGGGAGACGAGACAUGGAUCAAAUUGUUCCCAACAUUAUUCGCUAGACAAGAUGGAGUGAGCAGUUUUUAUGUGAGAGAUACAGUUGAGGUUGAUUUCAACGUUUCACGUCAUCUAGAAUUUGAGCUUGCUGCAAAAGACUGGACUGUCUUGGUUCUUCAUUAUUUAGGCUUGGAUCAUGUUGGCCAUAUAGGUGGCCGCAGGAGUGUUUUGAUGACCCAAAAGAUGAAGGAGAUGGAUGAUGUCAUUAGACGAGUGCAUGCUGCGAGUCUUCAGGAUAAUCUGGAGAGAACACUUUUGGUUGUGGUUAGUGAUCAUGGCAUGACUGAAGGUGGUAACCAUGGAGGAUCUUCAUAUGAAGAAACUGAUUCACUUGCCCUUUUUAUUGGACACAGUGUUGACAGACCACAUUGUUCACCCUAUGACCAGAAUGAAGCACUUCAAGUGGAUCUUGCCCCAACUCUCGCUCUUUUGUUUGGUGUACCAAUUCCAAAGAACAAUAUAGGUGUCUUGCUUCGAGAGCUUUUAAAUUCUUUGACAGAUGACCAGAAAUUACGGACUUUAGAGCUUAACUCAUGGCAAAUCUUAAGAUUGCUGCAAGCACAAAUACCUGCUUUCUGCCUUGAAGAUUGUAUUAAUUCGGAGCAUGGUUUAGAAAUUGAUGUCCAUCCUGAAUCUAUUGAGAAAAAGUUAUGCCAAUUGCUUUCUAAAGCUUUUGCUUCUCAUCAGUACUCACGUGUUCAUCAAGGUUUUGAUUUCAAGUCUGCUGAAGCUCGGUACAUUGGGAUUGCUGUGGACAACUACUAUGGCUUCUUAAGAUAUGCGAGUGAGUGGUUGUCUCACAAAGCAACCGAUAAACCAUUCUAUUUACUCAUCUCUGCGAUCUUGCUGAUGACAAUGUCAUGCCUUUGCCUCAUGGGCACUGUGUCCCGCGUAUUUAAUGGACAGUCUCUGAGUCAAGCUGAUCACCACUCAGAGUCAUAUUUGAAUCAACACUGGCACCUUGAUGAGGUUUUCAUUCUUACUGGAAUUUUUCUUUAUGUCAUCAGCCUUGGCUCAAGUUCUUUUGUGGAAGAAGAGCAAUAUACAUGGAACUUUCUCACUUCUACUCUGUAUUUAAUAUUUCUCAUCAAGACAGUCCAGUCAAUGCUAAAAGGAUCAAGUUCAACACUAGUUCAUAGAGCAGAAGGAGAGAGCUCUGACGGAAAUAAGGAAUUAACCCCAGGCAAACGAGAUGGUUACAAAUUAUGUACAGUCCUUAUUGUUCUUGUUGCUGGGAGAGUUAUAAGAGCUUGGCAUCAAGGUGGGAUCAACUGGGUUCACUUUCCUGACAUUUCGAAGUUACUGGCCCAAGCUGACUCUUCUAUUGUAAAGUUUCUUCAGACUAUCUCAGUUCUUGCAGUUGUGGCAUUGUAUUCAGUUUCACUCAUGUUACUCAGAGCAAGGUCAAAGGUUCUUAUAGGAGUAUGGUUGAGCCACAUUUCUUGCGGACUUUUGGUUCUGCUGCAUAUCUGGGAAGAUCAGAUCAAUACUACAUUACCAAUCAACCAUAGUACAACAUCAACAGCUAGAUUGUUUUAUGCCAUUGCUAGUGUUUCAAUAUCUGCCACUCUUCUUGCUUCACCUUGGAUAUUUCCAGUAUAUUCUACAGAAGCAAAACCAGCAUCCUCUGAUUCUAAUCCUGUAAAGGAUACAGAUUCUUGUGGCAUCAGUAAUUCAGUUUUCCUCACUGGAAUAACAUACACAAUGUUCUGGUGUCUUCUGCAGUUGCUUCUGCAACAACCCAUCAAUGCAAUUCCUCUUUUGCUCAUUUUCUUACAAACAGUCUCGAGUGUAGCUCAUUUUUCUUUGGAUAAAACAUUGCAUAAGCAAUGGGUACAGGUUAUUGCAAUGCUUUUCUUGGGAAUGGCUGGUCAUUUUGGUCUUGGGAAUACAAAUAGCCUUGCCAGCAUUGAUGUUGCUGGAGCUUUCAUUGGCAUUUCAAGUUACUCCACAGUUCUUUCUGGUAUACUGAUGUUCACUAUUACAUAUGGAUCACCUUUGAUGUUAUACCUUGGGAUGGUUGUUUAUAUAUCAGUGAACAAUACUGAUGAUAUCUCUACUGCACGGCAGUUGACAUGGAGCUAUAUUCUGGACAAAAUGGUCACAUUGCCAUGUUUGCUUCCUUUGCUCAUAAACUCUGUUGCUUUGACUUCAUACACCAUUGUUUUGCUACUCAUGAGGAAUCACUUGUUUGUUUGGAGCGUAUUUUCACCAAAGUACCUCUAUGUCUGCGCUGCAACAGUGUGCACAUAUGUUGGUGUACUCAUCAUUGCUAUGACCACGAUAUACACUUGCGCUGUUUUUUCAUUCCGGGCAAAAAGCUACAGGGACAAGUUCCAUUGAUCAGAAUAUUGAUUAGUUCUGAUUUAGUUCUGAAAUACACCUUCUUUCUUUGUAACCUCCAUGUUUCCAGAUCAUGCAACCCCUGCAAGGGCCAAUUUGUAAUUUUCCUUUAGACAGUAGAUUUUGUUCUGGUAUGGUACUAACAAGGCUACGUUGUAACUUGUAACUUCCAUAUUUAAUACAGGCUUAUAAUGUACAGAACGAACUGGUACUCGGAACUGUACGUUGCCCAUUUCGUAA